CACUGGGUGAGCUGUGGAUGGGAGCCCCAGAGUGUGCACCAGCCCCAUGUAAUUGGUUUCCCAAAGAGGAGUGUUUCAAAGGUUGUUUGCUUCACUGCAAGAUUUAAAAAAGAAGAAGAAAUCUAUCUGGCACCAAAAUGGCUGGUCAGUGUCCUUGGGUGUGUUUGUGUUUGCUGUGUUUUGGAAUCAGUGAGGUGAUCGGGCAGGAAGAAAGCCUCCCGAGGCUCGACACGAGCUACGGCAAGCUCCUGGGGAGGCGGGUCCACGUUAAGGACUCGACCCAGCCGGUGUGGGCCUACUUUGGGGUCCCCUUCGCGGAGCCCCCGGUCGGAGCGCUGCGAUUUACAGCCCCGCGGCCGGCAAGAGAGUGGCAGGGACUGCGCGAUGCCACUGCCUACCCUCCACUGUGCCUUCAGAACAUGGACCACUCCAGACAGCUUGUGGAUAUUUAUGCUGGUAGGUUCCCAGCUGUGGGGACCUCUGAGGAUUGCCUUUACCUAAAUGUGUACACGCCGGUCAAACCGGGGCAACCCGACCGCUUACCGGUCAUGGUUUGGAUACAUGGGGGAGGGUUCCUCAUGGGUGGGGCAUCGCUAUACGACGGCUCCUCAUUGGCUGCUUUCGGCGAUGUUGUGGUUGUCGUAAUCCAAUACCGUCUGGGCAUACCCGGCUUCCUCAGCACAGGUGACUCCCAGAUCCCAGAGAAUUUGGGGCUACAGGAUCAGGUCUGUGCUCUGCGCUGGGUCCAGGAGACCAUCCACAGCUUUGGGGGAGACCCUGGAUCCGUCACCAUCUUCGGGGAGUCCGCAGGAGGCGCCAGUGUCUUUUUACAUAUGCUGUCUCCUGUGUCAUCGAGGCUGUUCCACCGGGCCAUCACUCAGAGUGGUGUACUCAAGCUUCCUCUCUUCACACAAACUGACGCCAAAGCAUCAGCACAGCUCAUUGCUCAGAAGGCUGGCUGCUCCAGUGCUGACUCUGCCGACAUUGUGCGAUGUCUGAUGAGCAAAACGGCCCAGGAAAUCGAGGCAGUCACUCCCAGACUUGGGGACCUUGUGUUGACCAUAUCCAAAGAUGGGGUGUUUGUACCCAAAAACACUGAAGAGCUAGAAAAAAUGAACUUCAGAAGUCUUCCAUGGAUGAUUGGGAUUAAUGUCCAAGAGUUUGGCUGGAUGCUCCCUAAUAUGAUUCUUUUUCCUGGGUGGGAGCUUGGAUUGACUCGUCAGACAAUGGCCAUGGUUCUGGGAUUCAUCCUUCAGAACUCGGAUCUUCCUCCAAAUGCCCAGGAGAUCAUUGAGGAUGAGUACUUUGGGGACAUUGAGGAUCCUGCCAGAGUAAGAGACAUCUUCUUGGACCUGAUGGGAGAUUUGUCAUUCCUAGUCCCGUCUGUUAACGCAGCAAGACUUCAUCGAGAUGCAGGAUCCCCCAUUUUCUUCUACGAGUUCCAGCAGCGCCCCUCCAUGUUCGGGCAGGGCAGACCGGAGUUUGUGAAAGCCGAUCACUUCGAUGAAGUUGGCUUUGUGCUUGGCGCCCCCUUCUGGACUGAAGAAAUAGUGAUGCUGGAAAACACGACCCAGGAGGAGAGACAGCUCAGCCGGAUUAUGAUGAAGUACUGGAGCAACUUUGCCAAGACUGGGAACCCCAAUGGACCGGGCCUGUUUGGAUGGCCAGAGUUCACCAUCGGAGAAGAACACCUGCUGCUUAAUGUAACUGUCAAGCUUGGAAAUUUAAAAGGGAAGAACAGAGUUGAAUUCUGGAAUGAAGAUUUACCGAAGAGACUGAAAUCAGGAAGCGAUAACCGCGCACGCACUGAGCUGUAAAACACAGCAGAUUCUUUCCUUUUCUGGGAAAUUUGGGAAAAUGAUGCGAUGAGUCAGAAUACCUUUUGAUAAUCAUAUAUACAAUUGUAUUAAAAUAUGAAAAACAUGGUAUCCUUUAAAGCCAAUGCUAGAAUUUUCUUUAACUUUUAAAACGUUUUCAGUGCAGUGGCCAUUUAAUGCACAGCCCACUGUUGCCGCAGCGACCACCGUUGCCUCAUCAGGCUUGUGGUACCUGGGAAAUUGUACUUCAUUAGCUGGUUAUUCUUUCUGUUAAAUUUUAAAUCUGUUGACCCCUAUGCUACCAGAAAAUCCACAUAUGUUUUGCACUUGGGAAACGUGGUUUUGGAACAUUUUCAUGGCAUCAUGGGUGAAGUGCAUGUGAAAUCCAUGUAAUUACACGUGAAAAGCACCUCUCAUUGUGAUUGGUUCCUUUGAAUGUCUCUAAAUCCGAAUGCAAGGUGCUUUUCACGUGGGGGGUUUACAUGAACCUCACCCAUUGCACCAUGAAAAUGUUCCAAAACCACAUGUUUCUCAAGUGCUAAACAUAUGUGUUCCACAUAUUGCCCGUAUGUUGCCAUAUGUUAAAACUCGUGUGAAACUCACAUGGAUUUUCUGUAAGGGCACCCACGCAAAAAGCCACGACAGUUGAAGUGAGCUGUGACUACCCCAGAUCCAGUGGCCAUUUUGAGUCCGGUUCCAAUCAGGCAGCAGGUUUACCCUUCACUGAUGACAACUGAUAGCCUGUGAAUGUGGUUAGGAGGAACGUCUGCAGUCGUAUGCCAAGAAACCCAGGUCAACUUUAACCCACUCUAUGCUGGGUGAGAUCAGUGUGAUUAUGUCCCACUUUUUCUGUCUGCCGGUAAUACUUAAGCUGGUUGGUGCCUUGCAUGGCAGCCAAUUGGCGUUGGUGUAUCAAUGGGUGCCUGAGAAGCAUCAAUUGCACAGCGCUUUAGAUGAAGGCGCUAUAUGAAUUCCAACCAUUUACCAUUUACUCAUCUGGUCACUUAGCUCAGGAUGUUACGUUUAUGAAUCAACAUUUCACACCUAGAACUAUUACGGGUGUAAACCAUAGAAAUGUAUCGACCCCAGAUAAUGCAUCUCUCAGUUCAUACCCAUCUGUUCCUUUCAGCUUCAUCUGUCAUGAUAUCUGUAUCAUUUCUACAAGUAAUUCAAAUUGAUUAGAUAUGCUAGCAUUGCAACAAAAUGUGAAUUCCAGAAUUUGGAUUAGUACAUGACUUGUUUGUUUUUUUAGUUACCAUGGUGGAGUCAACAGCUUGAUUCAUUUAAACAUUACAUAUUCAUAUAAUUAUUAGUAUAUUCAUCAUAACCAACAUUAUUAUGUACCUUCUGUGAUAAUGUAUUCAUUAAAUUAUGGUAGUA